UCAGCAUCAUCCAGGGGCGAUGGCCGGCGCGCGAGGCCGAGGCCGCGGGAGGCCGAAGUCCAUUGGCGAUCUUGCGCUUGAUACACGCAGGACGCGCGUGCGAGGAGGAAACGGCGGCGGCGCGCGGCAACAGGCACGCGGUCCAGAGACUCGCCGCAUACGGCGCGAGGCGUCGGCGGCGGCAGCAUGAGCGCGUCGCGGGAGCUCGACAUCGUCCUCUUCGGAGCCACCGGCGUGACGGGCACCCACGUGGUCGAGGAGCUGCACCGUGCCUCCGAGGGGCUGCGCUGGGGCGUCGCAGGAAGGAACGCCGACAAGCUUCGGUGCGCCCUGCGAGCGGCCGCCAAGAACCUCGGCCUCCAAGAUGAUGCCCUGGACAGUGUGCCCAUCAUCCUGGCUGACGUGGCAGACGAGGCCUCCCUGUUGUCCAUGGCAAGGCGAACGCGCCUCGUUCUCAACACGGUCGGGCCGUACCGCUUCUAUGGACGUCCGGUGGUAAAGGCUUGCGUCGACAGCAGCACACAUCACAUUGACGUCACUGCAGAACCACAGUACAUGGAGCAAAUGCAGCUUGAGUUUUACGACGAGGCUCGAAAGAAGGGAGUCAUGGUCCUGAGCCCAUGUGGAUUCGCCAGCAUUCCCGCCGAAAUGUGCCUUUCCUACUUGCGCAAGCACUUCCAAGGUGAACUGGAAGUGGUUGAGUCCUACCUGCUGAUAAGGCAAGGUUCUCUGGGCAUGAAAGUCAACUUUGGCACUUGGCAGAGCAUCAUCCACUUGCUGGCGCACGCGUCUGAGCUCCGAGAUUUGCGGCGGCGGUAUCGCGAGAAGUUCCUCAUCAAGCCGCCUCCGCAUCGCCAAACACAAGUGACUCAAAGGAAGGCCUUGUUUUGGAGUGACGUGGCACAAAGCUGGUGCGUGCCCUACGUGGGCUGUGACCGGUCCGUGAUAACUCGCAGCGAAAUGUUUCGACACCAGUUGUGGGACUCGAAGCCGGUGCAAAUUCACACGUAUUUUCGGCUUCCCGGCCUCAUCCGUGGUAUUGGACUCGGCAUAUUGGCGUUCUUCUUUCUCCUGUUCAGCUGGUUCAGCUGUGGCCGCUGGCUGCUCGAGCGGUUUCCUGGAGUAUUUUCUGCUGGCACGGUGAAUCGAGGUGGACCUUCAAAAGAGCAGGCGUUGGGCUGCUCCUUCAGCAUUACCAUGCGCGGCCGUGGAUGGAAGGAAAAGCUUGAUGAGACAGGGGACCGGGGUCACAAGGGCAAGAUGAACCACUCCGUCACCAUCCGAUUGGAUGGACCAGAUCCGGCGUAUGUGACCACGUCCAUGUGCAUGGUGCAAGUGGCAGUGGUGGUGCUCAAGGAGAAAAAGAACAUGGCCGUCGAGGGCGGAGUACUGAGCCCGGGAGUGGCCCUGGAUGGGACGUCCUACCUGGAAAGGAUUCAGCAACGUGGCUUCCACAUGGCCGUGGUAUCUCAGUGAGACUGAAGAACACACGUCGCCAGCACCAGGGGCAUUCCUUUCGCAGUGAUGGUGGUUGCUGAGAUAGUGAUGAUGCUAUCAUUAAGAUUACGUUUCGGCAGGUUGGUUCAGCCUGGCAACCUAUUCCUGCAAUUGCUCCCCGGGAGCGUCGACUUCAGGGAAUAAAUGUUAUGAUGACACGUUUCA